AUGGAGAACGCACAGCUAAUUGGCCUUUCCAGGCAGACCGCCCUGCGGAAUCAGCUGAAUGUCAUCGCCAACAACAUGGCGAACAUCAACACAUCGGGUUUCAAGUCGCAAAACCUGCUGUUUGAGGAAUAUAUGAUGCCGGUGGCCGAGGCGACCGAGUUCGAGACACCGGAUGAAACACUGUCCUAUGUUCUCGAUUAUUCCUCGCACACCGAUUUUGCCAAUGGCAGUUUCAAGCUUACCGGCAACGAACUCGACAUCGCUCUUGAGGGCGAAGGGUUUUUUGUGGUGCAAAUGCCGGACGGCGGUGAAGCCUUUACACGCAACGGCGCUUUUCACCUGGACGCGGACGGACAGCUUGUAACCUCCGAGGGCCGACCGGUCAUGACAUCCGCCGGUCCCCUAACCUUCACCAACGAAGACGGCAUCAUCGAAAUCGCCGAGGAUGGCACCAUUGCCACCGAACUUGGCGUUCGCGGUCAGAUCCGGGUCGCUUCGUUUGAAAAUGUGCAGGAUUUGGAAAAGCUCUCCGAAACCAUUUUUGCAGGCGAAAAUCCAGGCGUUCCGGCGGCGACCAAGGUCGUGCAGGGAGCGCUGGAACAAUCGAACGUGGAUGGCGUCUUUGAAGUCACGCGCCUGAUCGAAGUCACCCGAUCAUACGAAGCGGUAUCGAAGAUGCUGAAAGACAUCGAUGAGCUGAGCCGGCAGGCCAUCUCGACGCUCGGAAGAGUUCAAGCCUGA